AUGCUGGCGGGGCUGGGCCGGGCGCUGCGCAGCGGCAGGCGGCAGCUCCCGGGGCUGCUGGGCUGGCGGGAUGGCUGCCCGCCGCCCUCGGCGCCUCAGGUGGGGCUCUGGAGGCACGCCGGAGCCUGGAGGGGCCGGGAAGGAGCACCUUACAGCGCGCUGGUGCCAUCUGAUGAAGUAACUAUUAAUUACAGACAUGGUCUUCCUGUAAUAACUCUUAUGCUGCCCACAAGAAGUGAACGCUGUCAGUUCACUGUCAAGCCAGUAGUGACCACUGUAGGAGCUUUCCUGCAGGAUGUGCAAAGAGAAGAUAAAGGAAUUGAGAGAGCUGAAGUCUUUGCAACAGAUGGUAGCAAGGUCUCUGAUGCAACCUUAAUGGAGGUCUUAUUGAUGAAUGACUUUAAGCUUGUUAUCAACAACACAGCAUACAGUGUGUCACCUCCUGUAAAAGAUAAGCUGAGUAGUGAGCAUGCUACUGAAAUGGAAGAUAUCAAAUCUUUGGUUCACAGACUGUUUGUGGCUCUACAUGUAGAAGAUCACCAGAUCAGGAAAGAGAGAGAAUUGCUACAGAAACUGGACCAUCUGAAAGGAGAGCUGCUGCCUCUUGAACAGAUGAAAGCCAGAAUCAUGGACAGUGCAGAUGCAAAAACCUCCAGGCUUUUAUGGGUUGGCCUAGCCCUGAUGUCAACUCAGGGGGGAGCGCUGGCGUGGCUCACGUGGUGGGUGUACUCGUGGGACAUCAUGGAGCCUGUCACGUACUUCAUCACCUACGGCAGUGCCAUGGCUUUCUAUGCCUACUUCAUUCUUACCAAGCAGGACUACAUUUACCCUCACGCUAAGGACAGGCAGUUCCUCCACUACUUCUACCGCAAAUCCAAAAAGCAGCGGUUUAAUGUGGAACGAUACAACAAGCUCAGAGAUGACCUAGCAGAGGCAGAAGAAUCCCUAAGGCGUCUGCGGCAGCCUCUGCACCUGAGGCUUCCCAUCCAGGAAAUCAAUGACAAGGACUGACUUUGGUUUGUGUAUAUUGGAGAUGCCCUUUCAAAGCUGAUAUGAACAUUCAGUUACUCCAUAGCACCUGGGUAUUUUUACCACUGAAGUUUUAAAAGUUGCAAUAAAUAGCUUUAAAAAAUA